AUGGCGAGUCUUGUGGCAGCCCCUGCCCUGCGGUUUGACAGUUUCUGGACCUCCACCGCCUCCUGUGAUCACACCUUGCGGUUACUUGGACAUCGUAUUCACCGUGCAUCGAAACAGGGAGAUGUUGAAUUCAAUAACGCAUCAGACAUAGAACGUGUCCAGCUCGAGGGGAACAUCGACUGGUCCCUAUGCUAUGGAGACGGGGGCCAGGGGCUGGCCACCGACGACGCCCCCCCUUCCCCUCCCACACGUGAGGAGUGCCUGCGAGCUUGUCAUUGUUGUACGCAAACAGGGUUAGCGUGCUCUAUCGUCGCUGCUGCGGCGGGAGAGACCUACUGCUUGCGGUGCCGCAGGUACAAACGCGGUCCCAACGGGUGCACGCCCGUUGACAACGCGCUCGAAGACGUUGUCAUCAACACUACAGAGGGGAGGUGA